AAUAAAUGACAUCUCAACUUCUGCUUUAAAAAGAAUUUAUUACCAUACCAAAAAUAAAUUAAAACAUAUGAAAAACGAACUUUAACCAAUUUGCUUGUUAUUUAUGAUGUCUGCAGAACAGAAAGAAAGAAUUCUUAUUCUAUUACCUCCAACGGACACCAUUUGAUGUUGCCUCAAAGCUCACCUCUCAUACGUCUUUAUGGAAUAUAACUUUUUUUUUUUUUUUUUUCAGCUGUAAGAAUUCACAUUUCACAACUCACAAUUGCAUUGCAGAUCUACUGCUGCUCUUUUUUCCUUUGUACGUCAAAUAUCAUGCAAUGAGAAACCAAUCUUGAUGCAUUAAUUUCUUCAUCGGCUACAAUGGCUACCCAGCAAGGAGCUCCAUCCCGUCCAUGGUUCCGCCUAGCAACCAUGGUUCGACCACCACCACCACCAGCAGCUCCACCACAACCUGAUCAAGCCCCGCCACCACCACCAAGGCCAGCAGCAUUCAUGCGACCAGCAUUUUCUCAGACAUUUCGAGUACCACCAACUGUACCUCCUCCACAAACCACCGCAACCCCACCAGCUGUAUCUCCGCCACGACCUGCCGCAACCUUACCAGCUGCUAAUGGUGUAGCACCAACAUCACCACCACAACCGCCAGCAGGCAGAGCUUCACCACCGCCACCGUCACCUAAGGAGACUUCAUCUUCAACCUCUAGCAAUUCACCAAUGCAACAAUCUCGACCUCCCUCACCGGUGACAACUCCCCAUGUACCACCGCCUCAGCCAUCAUAUUCACCACCACCCAUCCCUCGUUCAUCAACCCCAACAUACUCCCCACCAAAACCCAGCAAACCACUAGAAAAAAAGUCGCCUCCUUCUCCUCCAAAUCCAAUCAGCCCUGUUUCUCACCCUCCAUCUCCUUUGGCCCUCCCUUCACCACAACUCAAGCCAGAAUACGAGCAGAAGACCAUGGUCGUACAAGAAACAAAAGAAAUCCCUAAAAAUCUCGACAAGGGUUUUAAUGGCGACAUUCGUAGACACUCGGUUAAUUGGGGUACUCGUAACCCUAAAAAACCUGAAACUUCUAAGAAGCACUCGCACUCGGAUUCUGAGGAUGGGGGAAUGAGGAUUAUAACAAUUGCAGGUGAAAACAAAGGAGCAAUCAUGGAGUUGAGCCCUUUUGGCAAAAAGACUCAUAGCUUUGGGGACAACCCACACAUGAAGAAAGAUAGUCCUACUCCUACUUCUACCAAACCAAGUGAUGGAGAGAAGUCAGAUGGAAAGUCAAAAGCAAUCAAGUCAAAAUCGCCACUCAUGAGUGCAGUCAUGAACAGUAACGUACAGGGUGUAAACAACUCGAUUCUCUACAAUUGCUCCACUUCUCAUCAUGACCCGGGUGUCCAUCUCUCUCUCUCAAGAAAGCCUAUGGCUUUUAACUCAAAACUCAAAGAUCACAUCAACUAGACAUGGAGAGAGAAAGGGUAUCUACCUCUUGUGUUUCUUUAUCAUCGUAUAGGUAUUUCUGCGCGUGAAUAAUUUGACUAGUCAAUGUUCGAUCUAGUUAUUAGAUUAUGAAAAAAGGGGCAUGGAUUCUGAUUCUUUUUAGCUCCUGCCCCAUCAAGAUGACUAAUAAGUUCCAUGCUCUAUAUAUAUCCAUAUAUAUAUAUAUUCUAUGUGAGCAGAUUUGCAACAUGAAUAAUAUAUUUUGAAUUUUUUUUGCA